UUCAGUCAUUCACUCAUUUCAUUUUAAACGCUCGCAGUUGACACCAAAAGUUGCUGAAAGCUUCCUGCGAAAAACCCCAUGGGAACAAUGUUAAACCCUUGUCUCUCUUCUUCAUCUUCACCCAGAGGGCUUCACACCCAAACCCCACUAUUCUCUCACCCUUUUCAAUCCCUGUCUUCUCGCUCUUCCCUUUCCACUCUCUUCAAAUCCUCUUCUCUCCCCGCCCAAAAGCCCCUGCAAUGGAGAAAGCUUUCCUUGGAAUGCCGCCAUUCCGACUACUUUGAACCUCAUCAACAACAAAAUCAAUGGGCUUCCCCCAAUAACUCAUCCUUUUCUUCACAGCCAGCAGGAACAUUACCACCUAAGGUUUUUAUUGGAUACUCAAUCUAUAAAGGGAAGGCUGCGCUCACAGUGGUGCCUUGUGCUCCAGAGUUCUCACCCUUAGAUUCGGGGGCAUUCAAACUAUCGAAAGAGGGUUUUGUGUUACUUCAGUUUGCUCCUGCAGCUGGUGUUCGUCAGUAUGAUUGGGGUCGAAAGCAGGUAUUCUCAUUGUCAGUUACUGAAUUGGGAUCUUUGAUUAGCCUUGGGGCAAAAGACUCGUGUGAAUUUUUUCAUGAUCCUAACAAAGGAAAAAGUGAUGAAGGAAAAGUCAGGAAGGUGUUGAAGAUAGAACCCCUACCUGAUGGAUCUGGCCACUUCUUUAAUCUCAGUGUGCAAAACAAGCUUAUAAAUGUUGACGAGAACAUCUACAUACCUGUUUCAAAGGCUGAAUUUGCCGUUCUUGUCUCUGCUUUCAAUUUUGUGUUGCCAUACCUCUUAGGUUGGCACACCUUCGUAAGUUCCGUUGGUCCUGAAGAUGCAAACUAUGCAAACAAUGCUACUAAUCCCAGAUCAGGUGCUGAUUUUGAAUGGCGAAGGUAGUUCUUUAACUGCUAAACUGUGACUUGUGAGGUAGCUGGUGAAUAUGAACACAACUUCUAUCUGUAUUUACCUUUAAUGCUAUUACUUAGCUCGGUGAAAUAUUUUGGGUAUGUGACACACUUUUGUGAAUCUUGUUUGGUAAAUGGCUUUUGGAAUA